AUGCGGCGUCGGCGGAUUGUCGCCGGAGGAGAUGAGGAGGAAGCCGUUCGGCGCGGCACAGUGUCUGCGGCGGUCGAGCUGCGGUUCAGCUAUGUGGAAACGCCGUCUCUGCUGGACUCGGCGGAUCCGGCGGCACUCGGGGCGCGCCCUCAGUCCCUCGACACCCUCUCCUCCCCAACACCGCCUUCCACACGUUCGACUGGAUCCGGCGCGCCUUCACGCCCUUCACGGACACGAGACGGCUUGCAGGCAACAGCGGGAUUCCUUCGCGACAGAUCGGCCGCCUUAUCCUCGCAUGCAAGACCGUUCUCGACCGCACGCACUUUGGGCAAACCUGCCCUCGACACUCACGGCGACGCUCGACUACCCCCUCACUUCUCCUUCAGCGACAGUCGGGCAGCGGAUUCGUCGCAGGCUCAGCCGCGUCCUACAGACGUGUCUGCGACGAGGGAGGCGAGCCAACAUGCCGUCUCGAAUGCACCUCCUGCCGACAAAGCUGUGCUUCCGCCUCUCUCCGAUUCCGCUGACUCCGUCAAGACGCUGGACAAGCCCGCGCAACGGUCGAAGCCUCCUCCUCGUCCUCCGUCCCCCUACGGAGAGAUCAACGAGCUCGUCCGGCACCCUGUGCUGUACGAUCCGAUCUUGAAGCCGCGCUUCCCCAUCGUCCUGUGCCACGGCUUGUACGGCUUCGACGUACGCGGACCGGGUUUCUUCCGGUUGCAUUACUGGGGCGACCUGCUCAAGAUCCUGCGCGGCAAGAUUGGCGCCGAAGUGUUCGUGACGGCCGUCCCAGGGACUGGCUCCAUCAAGAACCGCGCUUAUGUCCUGCAUAAGGCGCUCGAGGACACGCCUUCGCUGCUCAACCGCGACCUCAACUUUGUCGGUCACUCGAUGGGAGGACUCGAUGCGCGCUACCUGAUCUCCAACAUCCGUCCGACGCUCUACCAUCCCCGCUCCCUUACGACCAUGUGCACGCCGCAUCGCGGCUCCGAAUUCAUGGCCUGGUGUCGCGCCAACAUCGGCAUCGGCACCGAGUUCGAGUCGCACGAAGCGUUGAACCUGCGCCCAUCGAUCUCGUCCAACCUCGACGAGCCUGACGACGCCUCCGUCCCGCUUCCUUACUCGCUCAAGUCGCCCAUCCUUUCGCGGGAGCAGGUCGAGCAGGCGAAGAAGGCGGCGGAAGCUGCCAAACAGGCUGAGGCGGCGGCUGAGAAGGUCAAGAAUGCGUCGAGCCAUUUCCCGGGUCUCCCUUUCAACCUCUCGGCGAGCGUUACCGGCUACCUCCUCAAGUUGCUCGACUCUCCCGCCUACGCCAACCUCACCCCGUCCUUCCUCCGCGACGUCUUCAAUCCCUCGACUCCCAACCGCGACGACGUCCGGUACUUCUCCAUCGCCGCACGCACCGACAAGAUCCCCAUCUGGCACCCGCUCUGGCUCCCGAAGCUCGUCCUCGAUGGGGCCGAGGCCCAGCGCGUUGCGCAGGGCUGUGCCGCUCCGCCCGAAUGGCGCGGUAACGAUGGCCUCGUCAGCAUCGACAGCGCACGAUGGGGCGAGUUCCUCGGCACCUUCGAUGCUUGUGACCACUGGGAGAUGCGCGGAUCGAGCGGGCUCAGCAGUGCCGAGGCGAGCAAGCAUGCCAUCGAGGAGGUGACGAGGCGGGAGAUCAGGGAGACGAAGGAGCCGAAGGAGGGAGGCCAGGCGGAGCGCGUGGCAAGCGCGCAUGCCGAGUCGUCGAGCGAUCAAGAGAAGGAGGAGAAGGGCUGGCAGUGGCAGGACGUUUACGCCCUCGUCGGCAAACUCGUCGGCGGCGGUAACGGGAAGAAAAAGGCGACGCCGGCGACGGUAAAGGCGGAGGGACAGUCACCGGCGCCGUCUGUUGCAAGCAAGGAUGUGGCAGAGCCGCCGAAGGCUUCUGCCGCACCCUCGCAGCAGGACCAGGCGGAUGACGCCGCUGGGCUCGCUUCGGCGGCCUCGUGGAUAAUCCGCCAGCUCCCCGGCACGUCGGUUGGCUCGAACGCGCCUGCAUCUUCGUCGAAGGACGCCACGCCGACCAAGCCCUUGCCGCCCCUGCCGAACUCGCCCGCGCCGACUCCUGCAUCAACGCCCGCCUUCUCCAGCACAGUUCCACCAGCACCCGCUUCCUCCUCCACCUCGCCCCUCUCCUCCGUCUCGUCGACUGUCACCUCUGCCGCCGCAACUGUCGCCGACACCGUCAUCAACAACGCCGCCACGCGCCUCCUCUACGGCGCCCCCGGCCUCUCCUCGUCGGCCUCGGAUAAGGCGAAGGACGAGCAGCGUCCGAAGAAGGAGAAGUUCUCUCUCGAGCGCAUGACCGUCGCGCUCUGUCGCAAGUUGCACAACGAAGGCUUCUAG